AUGGCCAAUAUAAGUGAACAAGUUAGUGAAGUGGCUGCAAAGCGUCCUCGCCUGGCUGGCACUUCCAAGACUCCCAAAAUAGUUGAUCCCCAAACUCCCAAGGUCGCCAAUCGGGUGCCCAAAUGUGCCCGCUGUCGGAACCAUGGGAUUAUCUCGGAGCUCAGGGGUCAUAAGAAGCUCUGCACCUACAAAAACUGCAAGUGCGCUAAGUGUGUCCUGAUCUUUGAGAGGCAACGUAUUAUGGCCGCUCAGGUUGCCCUGAAGCGCCAGCAGGCCGUGGAGGAUGCGAUUGCCAUGCGGCUGGUGGCCAACAAAACGGGUCGCUCCAUCGAUUCCCUGCCACCGGGCAACAUUUUCGGUCUGACCGUGACCCAGCCCAGUUCACCGCUCCCCAAGAGGGAAGAUGACCCGGCGGAGAAGCCUCUUUCGGAGGAGCAGAAGCAGCAGCCGCAGCCACAGGAAGAGGAGUUCAGCGAUCCGCCGGCAGUGGCCCAGGAUCUCAGUGCUCCACGACGGGAUAACGUCUCCCAAACGGCCAUCGAUAUGCUGGCCCAACUGUUUCCCCACCGAAAGCGAUCUGUCCUGGAACUGGUCCUCAAGCGCUGCGAUCUCGACCUGAUCCGGGCCAUCGAGAAUGUCUCGCCCACAGGCAAAGCCACUCCUGUGGAUGGCACCAACAUCAGCCAGUUGCCUAGCCAAGAGCCAGGAAUCUUGCCCAGUGUGUCGCAAAUCACGUCUUCGAGGAGCAGCGCCUUCAGGCCUGUAAUAACAGAUCAGUACCAGAGCAAAUCUAUGAUGGAGCUAAAGCCGCCGGUCUUCGGAAGCAGCACCUCGGCAGCGGCGGCUGCCAUUUGUGCCUACCCCAAAUGGUUCGUGCCACUCUCCUUCCCGGUGACCAUGGGCCACCUCUCCAACCUGGCACCGCGCUGCACUUUGCCCAACUGCGCUUGCCUGGACAGCUACCAGUUCCACUAG